GCGUUAUUGCCAAUUCUUCCAUAACGGAAGAAAACGUCCGCCAUGAAGACCCUCCAAAUCGUCCUCGUUUUAUCGGCCAUUGUGGCUUUGACCUUCGCUGCCAAUGCCUCUUUUGGCUCAAAGUUGUCCAGCAGCAAGCUGGCCUCCACCCAGAACGUGACAAUCUUCAAAAAGACCAACGCCUACCAGGACGUUACCGUUAACUUCCCCUUGAGCGGCCAGACCAACACCAAAAUCAUCCGCUUCAUCAAUGUGACUGACAGGUUCACCAACAGCUCCGGACCCACUUCCACUUUGUGGUCUGGCGGCCCAGGAUACACCUUUGCGUCCGUUUACAUUAAGACUCAAUACUCUCAAGGAGCUAACGUUUCCGUUCAAUUUUACACGGACUAAUCGUCAAAGUGUAUCCAAAUAUACAUAUAUAUUAUUAAAAAUGAUUAUUAUGGGAAAGUGAAAAGAAACGUUAUUAAAUACAAAACAAAUAUCAAUGAAA